AUGGCGGACACUAGCGAGCCGGGGUUGCCUCUAGACGGCACACAUGUGCCGUUAAUCCACCUCGAGUUUCGCUAUCGUCAAGUGGAUACGGUGCUAGCACUAGCAUAUGGCGGUGCCUGCUUCUUCGCCUUCUGGGCCUUCGCCAUGCACGCGCAAUCGCCCACGCGUCAGGCCGCCACUCUCGGCUUCUAUUUACUCAUGGGACUGGCUUCGCUCACCCGCGUAUUAUGGUUCGCCACGCCCUACGGUGUGCAGUCGGUACUGGUAGAGCCACCACGGAUCAUGAUGGGCGACGAGGGCUCCGUCCAGUUCCUAUUGGCGGAAGCAGUCGAGCUGCUGGGCUCCUUCCUGCUCUACAGCGUCUUUGUGCUCAUCGUCGUCUUCUGGGCAGACAUGCUACGUCGCCUCUUCACACACGAGAGUGUGCGUUCGCAUCCUCUACGCCUCUUCUUCUUCGUAUUUGGCGCCAUAGUAGCGAUCCAAGCCUUGGGCUUCAUAGUAUUUGCAGCCAAGAAAGAAGACUCGUACUGGCUCAUGAUCUACGACGACGUCGUCAUGUGUCUAUUGUCGAUUGGGUCACUUGCAGCGGUGCUUGUGUACUCAUUUAGGAUGAAAACGGUACUACAGGCCUUCCUUGAGGUCAGCCAGAUCGACACAACCGACCGGAUCAAGGCGGUUAACUGGGCCACGUCCAUCUGCGCCUUCUUCCUCGUGUCCAAUUGCGUCUUCCUCAUCUACUCGAUCGUGAGUCUCGCGCAUUUCCAUCGAGCUGGAGCGUAUCUCGAGUCCAAGUGGUGGUGGCUCUUUGUGGCCUCUAAACAUCUCGUGGAGAUCUUCGUGUUAUACUUUUUACUCUACACGCUCUGGGGCAAGAGCUCGGACGACGCAGAGAACUCCAAGGACGGAUACGAACCCAUUCCAGACUAUCUCGACGACGACGACUCGAACGGCGUCAACGCAUCGCCUAGCACACCCAGACGUUAUCGCUAG